AUCACACCUCAAAAAAGCUUGCUUUCUUCAUUUCGCUGAUCGGCUGCUCUGCUCUUCUGCACCAAAUCAAAUCAAAUCCGAUUUCAAGAAAUCGCAUCAGCAGCAGCAUGGAAUAUAAUAAUUAUAGCAACAGAACAGAUUGCUUUCGUUGCUUUUAGUCCUCCCAUCUCCUUCUUUUCUUCAUUCCAAAAUUCCUCUUGUAAGUUUGCUGGUUCAUUCGUCACUUGUUCUUCAUCUGCUGUCGGUGGUAGCAUGGCAGAAGCUAUGGCUGUGGCUGAUACAGUGAGAGCGAGAGAUGUAGAGAUAGAAGAAGAAGAAGACGAAGAAGAAGAAGAUGAUGAUGAAGAAGAUGAAGACGAGGAGGAGGAGGUGGAGAUACAAGGAGGUGAGGUGGACAUCGAGCAGCAGCGCACGUUGCGUCCGGCCCAAAACUACGUGAAAUUGAGCGUGACCUGCAACGACAGGAAGGAGGAUGUGUAUUUCUCGAUGAAUCGGAAGUCGAGGAUGAAGAAGCUGUUGAUGGAGUACUGCAGGCGGGAGAGCAUCGAGUAUCACACCACCCGGUUCGUGAUCGACCGCCGGCAGUUCUCCCACAACAAGACACCUAAUCAGCUUCGACUCAAAGAUGGCCACCAGAUCGACGCCUUGCUUCACGGCAAUGGAGCAUAACACAAAUAUUAUUAAAUCAUCAUCUUAUUAAACCUUCCUUCUGCUGCCUGCUGCCUGUAUCAGUAUCUAUGCUAUGCUAUGCUAUGUGUUACAGUACUACUCCCUCGUAUUGAUUGCACUUGUAUCUAUGCUAUGCUAUGCUAUCAGCUAUCUAAUAUGCACUCUCAAGUCUUG